CUCGAUCUCAGUCUAGGACUCGGGUUAGGUCAUUUCAAUCUCAAGGAGGAAAAAUUACCCACUCAAACAAGUAUUGGCAUUUCUUUGGAUCUUUCCCUUCCCAUUCAGCCCAAUGACCAAACUGGUGAGAUUAUUGAGACUUCUAAACCCUGUGAGGUGGAUGAGGAAGAAUGUGAGAAUUCCUGUGGGAGGAAGAAGUUGAGGUUAAAUAAGGAACAAUCUGCAAUACUUGAAGAAUGUUUCAAGCAUCAUACCACCCUUACUAUGGAUCGGAAACAUGAACUUGCAGCGAAGUUGAAUCUUAGGCCCAGACAAGUAGAAGUUUGGUUUCAAAAUCGAAGGGCAAGGACUAAACUGAAGCAAACCGAGGUAGAUUGCAAGCUGUUGAAGAAGUAUUGCGAGAAUCUGAAUAAUGAAAAUAUUCGGCUGAGAAGAGAAUUAAAUGAGC